GUAACAGCAGAAGACCGAAAACCGAUUUUCUUUAACUUGUUCAAUUCGAUUUAUAGAUGUGAUUGGACCGGACGGCAAAUAGACCUAGCAUUACAUUUAAAUACCAUCCAUGGCGAGUCGUUAGGUGCCAAUUUUCAAUAUUUCCAGAAAUCGUCUGUCGUGUUCAAUCCAACUGAAUCUUGGCAAACCAUUAACAUAGUUAAUGGGCACGGCAAACAUUUCGUUUACUACAUGUAUAGCGAUUCGACAAAGAAGGUCAUCAAUUUCCUAAUCUAUUUGCUGGGAACGAAAAAGGAUGCUGGACUAUUUUUGAUUGAUUUCGAGAUCAUAUCGAAGUUAUGCACGUUUCAAAAGAUAAAAUUUGUGUCCACUUGCUACAGUGAUUGCGAAAAUAUUCAAAAAUUAAUUGAAACUGAAAAAUGUGCUGUACUCACACACAACACGUUAAAAAAUUUUGUCUGGAACGGUGAGCUGCAUUUCAAAUUUAAAAUUAAACGGAAAGAUGACGAUGAAUUCACCAACAAGAAACUGGACGAUAACAAUAAAAACGUAACUUCUCCGACUAAACCAGUUCCUAAUGUUCCAAUUAGGAAUAAGGGCACAAUGAAGGCUAACACAGUUAAAAAGACAAACACCAUACCAUCAAUCAUACAGCCCGUUCUUAAGUCAUUGGACAUUGAUUCUCCCGUACAAAGUAAUCAGACAACAGCAGCCACACCACCACCAGCAGCAUCGCAACGAACAUCGAUUAAUGCAGGUCCAGACAAAGCUUCAAAAAGUCCAUGUUCUUCGCCGUCUAUAAAUAAGGACGACGACAAAGAAGCGCGUCGGUCCGAUAUGCUUGUAAGAAGCUUGAGUGAAACACCUGGUAUGCCAUCAUUGCCACCCGUUCAACCAUAUAAGAAUAUUGAUGAUAAAAUGUAUCGGAGAAAAUAUCCAGAACAUUGUUUAACUAAACCAGCUUUUAGAAAAUAAAAGUCAACCUAGGCCGGUCACGUCAUUAGUUAACGUUUGCAACGCCACAAAAUAAGAGCACUGGUAUGGCCAAUGUGGUUUUAUUAUAAUAGUAUUUAUGCUAACACAAAUGAAGUAAAGAAUCCGAUAAUAUACUGGUGAUAUACCGCAU